AUGGGUAACUUUUGUAAAAAAGAACAAAAUCCAAAUAGUUCUUAUAGAUCGUCAAUUUCCUAUGAACCAAGAAAAGGAAUCUGUAUAAAAGAGGGCGUGAAUGAGCAGUGUAUGUUUGAUCGGCACAAAACUCUUUUGGUACCAAGUGUGAGUACAAUGAUCAUCAAAGAAGAACUUGGUAAAGAGACAGGUACAUCGAACCCAGAUGAAAGUUUAAUCAAAGACAGUCAUUUAACUUCUUGUACAUCAAAUUUGAGAAAGAGUUCUAUAAGCAAUAACACAAUCUAAUUGUUAAAUGUAAAUUUUAAAGGAUACCUCCACUCUCACAGAAUUCGAUAUCCCAAUUCUCGAUUGAAUGAAGUGAUCUGUUGCUAAGAGUGUGGUAAUGAUUAUGACAAUUGGUCUGUCGAAAAUGUAGAUGAGAAUUUAAUUAAAUUAUAUCAUCCUCUAACUAAAUGUUACUUAAAGGUUCAACAAAACAGUAACAAUGGCUAUAUCAAUGUGGGUGGAAGUGAAAAUGGGGAUGUUUGGCAAAUUGAAAAAUUCAAAGACAACAUAAGAAUACGACACUUAGACUCUGGGUAAUAUUUGUAAACAAAUGCCAACUUAUGCAAUUCUGAAGGUUUAUUUGUAGUUUCUUUACUAAGUAUUGAUUCUGGUAAGCCUGAAGAUACUUGCACUCUUUGGAAAGCAAUUGAAAUUCAAUGA